GCUGUGACAGAGCUGUUCCUGCUGGAGGAAGUGGUGGGAAAAGGAGAAGGCAGCCACCGGCAGCAGGAUCAUUCACCAUGGAGGAGAACAGCACAACAAACCUCACCCUGAAUGAUGUAGUUUAUGGAUUUGUGGACUUGGAGGAAUAUGUCCCAGCUCAAUGCUCGAGCUUUCCCUACACGCUGAUCGCCUUUGCCAGUGUGUGCCUGGGGAUUUCCCUCUGUGGGCUGGCAGGGAAUGGGGUGGUUGUGUGGUUCCUGGGCUUCCACACGAAGCAGAGCCCUUUCACUCUCUACAUCCUAAACCUGGCUGUUGCCGACUUCUCCCUGCUCCUCCUGUUUCUCCUGCUUAUAUUGGCUUUUCUGACCUUAGCAGCAUUUUGCACAUCUUUGUUUCCUUUUAUUCAUCACUAUAGGCAUUUUGUGUUUGUCCUUGGCUUCCCGUGCCACCUGUUUGACAUGAGCAGCCUGGGGCUGCUGGCAGCCCUCAGCGUGGAGCGCUGCGUCUCCGUCCUCUGCCCCAACUGGUACCGCUGCCACCGCCCCCGGCACCUCUCGGGCGUCGUCAGCGGGGCCCUCUGGGCUCUUGCCAGCGUUUUUGUUUCCUCCCUCUACGUCACCUUCACCUAUACUGAAGACUCUGAGACCAUCCUUGCAGGUGUAGCCCUCACCAUUUCUGUAGUUUUUUCCCUCACGAUGUUGGUUUCCAAUUUGUUCCUGUUUCUCAAGCUGUGCUGUGGCUCACGGAGGAGACACCCGGGGAAGCUCUUUGUUGCCAUCCUGCUCAACGUGCUGCUCUUCUUCACCUUCGGCAUCCCUUUCUGCGUGGAGGUUUUCCUCAAUCUCCCUGAUUCUGGUGAUUUAUUCCCAGAAGACCCCUCUUUCCUGCUGGCAUUGCUGAACUGCAGCCUCAACCCGGUGAUUUACGUGCUGGUGGGGAGCUGCUGGCGGCGCCGCUUCCAGCGCUCGGUCAAAGUCGCUCUGCGGAGGGUGUUUGAGGAGAAAACGGGGAGUGACGAGGGCAGCCACGGCCCUGGGGACACUGUGGAGGAGGUGACAGCUCUGUGAGACACUGCUGGACAUGUGGCACGUGGAGAUGGGGCAGCUUAGAGACAGCCAGAAGUAUGGGGGCACAUGGCUCUGAGCUCAGUCCUGUUCCUUUAGUCCCCAGGGAAUGACCCUCAGUGCUUCGGACCCAGGGAAUAAACUCUGAUGUGCUGAUCUUUUUCAUUUUUUUACCACCCCGAAAUCCGAUUUGGAUUUAUUGCUUGUUUCAUUCCAACGUGGUAACUCUGACCCCAAAAUUUGGUGAAUAAACAAUAUCUGGUCUUCGCUGCAGAGCCUGUCCCUGGUGAACAGUGUCCAAAAUGGCUCACUUCCUUAGCUUUUCCUAUUCUAAAGCCUCUAGCUUGUCUGAGGAGGGCAGGUUCCUGUCUCAUACCAGAGCCCCUCCUAAGGCUGGUGCUUUUUGGGCCCAGGGGAGGUUUUGGCAAUGAUCCCAGAGCUCUUCCCAGAAUGGAAGUUGCUUCUCAGAAGCAGCCAGCUGCCUAACAAGCACUGCCAGCACUACCAGCAUUCCAGUGCCACCAGCACCACCAGCAUCCCUCUGCUGCUGGAGGGACCAUGACCCCUCAGGGAAGUGAAACGAGAAGUGUUAGAAGCCUGUUGGGAGAGUGAAGGCAGUCGGAGAAUGGGACAUUCAGCAGGGAAGGAGUGGUUCUAACCAGGAGGAAAUCAGGAGCCAUUUGCAAAAUUGUUCAUGUGGGGCUUCUGACAAAAGCCACUUCAUCUGUAGCAAAAAAAACCCCAAGACAAAUAACUCCGAGGAACUGGAGCUCUGACGUAGCCAAAGUCACAAUUUCCAACUCCCCCAUGACUCCACCCAGCCUGGGAGAAAAACACGAGGACAGGGCACAGAGAGGAGCUGGUGGGACAGCAGUGGGCACCUCCUGGUGAUCUGGGCACUUUCUCCUUCGUGUUCCUGACCUGGGAGGAGCCGCUUUAGGAUGUGGAUCCCAAAGGAGCAAGGGGUGCCAGGAAGCGCCGCUGAUGGGGACAGAGCCCCUGUGCCUGCUGCUGCCCCACACUGAACAGGGAGCUGCUGAGGAGCCGCUUGGUCCAUCCCUGGAUUCUCCAAGCACUGACUGCCCAUCCACUCUGACCACAGCCGGGGCCACAUCCCAGCGCCUGCCCAGCGUCCAUCCAUGGAGGAGCACUGCCGGGUGGUUCUCAUCUCCAUUUUCGCCAUCCUCCUGCUCGUCUUUGCUGCACCCAUGGUAAUUACUCGCACAAUCAACAUCAUUAAAGCCAAGUGUGGCUCCCAGCAGCAGCAACCCAAGAGGCUCGACAUCGUUAUCUUCAUCAUUGUGCUCUUCACUCUCUUCAUCAGCCUCGGGAAUUUCCUGCAGCAGCUCGGUUACAUCGCUGUGUCCUCCCAGCUUUUUUUCCUGCUCACCUGCAUCCACAGCACCAUCAAACCCUUGAUCUACUUCUUGGUGGGGAGGUGCUGGAGGCCUUGCUCUGUGAGAUCCCUCAGGGAAGCCCUCUGGAGGGUCUUUCAGGAUCCAGAAGAAAAUACUCCCAGCAGCAAUGCUGCUGCCAUGGACUCAGUGAUCUGAGCCUGUUGAUCCCUUCCCCUGAACUGCUGAAGGACCCCGGGACAGUGGCUGAGGGAUUCCUUGAGCCACCUGAUCAAUAAAUAUCCACGGGAUCACCCUCCCUGGGGUGGUUUAUUCCUGCAGGAGAAGGGAGCAGGGGCAGUGCCAAGGGCAAUGUGGGAGGGAUGCUCUGCAGGGAGCACAUUGGAGCAUGGAUUUCCUCCUCCCUCCCAGCUCCACGUGGCUCCAAGCAGUGCAGCCGGGCUCAGUCCUGUUCCCUGGCUCUAUUCCCCAUGGAAUGACCCUCACUGCCUCUGCGCCCCAGGGAAUAAACUCCGUUUCCUUUGGCUCAGCA